UUAAGAUUACACUCUAUCAUACCUUUCAUUUCGCUUUCUCCCCAAUUUGCUCCGAAAUCGAAUCGAAAAAAGAUCGUUGUUAAUGAAAGUUGCUCUGACAAGUAUCGUUAGCUUAACUAAUUCAUAUGAAAUAUAAACAGCUAUUAAAAAUCUACAAUUGUAAUCGAGUAUCGGCUAUAAAACACAUGUAUACGACUAUAUAAACAACUGCUAAUGUGUUAAUUAUUCGCGAGAGUUGAAAAUUGUCGUCGUUAAUGAUUCAAAAUGAAAAAUGGCAAUUCCACUUUGUUCGGCGCUAUUUUAAUCGAGCCACUCAAUUACGAAGAAAUAGUAAGGUGCAGGUGAAAGGCCGUUAGUGGUUCAUGGACCAACACAUUAAAAUAUUUGGAAACGUGUUUCACAGUUAAAGGACCACUGACCCGUUUUAAUCUGUCUCUCUGAAGACGAUUUUUACGCUUUGCAUCGCUUUCUCUUGGAUCCAUAUUUACAUCCGCACCCGAGGUCUCUCUUAAAACUGCCGUAAAAUAGGUUUAGGAUCCUAUGGGAUUUUACGACUCACGUAAUCUAAAUUUUAAUCGUUACAAAAGAAUAACAGCUGAUGAGUUUUUCAGUAGUCAUUCUACUUCUCGAUUAUAAGCUGCUUCCUUCUUUGUUCUGCAAAUUCUAGCAGGAAAUAAUGAACGAUAUUAUGAAUUGAUUUCGAAUAAAUUUCUUAAAGUACGAGUUCGCAUCUCUUUUGCUUCUUAAUGCAAUCGUAUAUCUUUAGAAUAUUCAGUAUGAAAAAUUAUGAGGACACAAUACCGAUUUCUGAUAACAGAAUGGUAUACUUUGCAUACACUAAAACUGUUUAACUAAAUGCACGAUACUUCUUCAAACCAUUAUCAGUACGAUAAAAAACAGUCGUUACAUGAGUACCUAUUCAACAAUUAAAUAGACUACGUAAUCAAGUAAUUUUCUUCUAUCUAGAAAUGCUUUAAACCAUUUUUCUGUUUUCGCACAUUGCACAAUUUACAUAUUUUUAUCGUUUUCCUUCAUUUCGUAAUAAAUAGCUUUGCAUCUUGCAUAUCUGUCAUUUACAAACCUUGCAAUAUAUGAAUUAGAAUAAAGAAGUAAUUACUCCACAUAUCGAACUGCCCAUAUUUCCUGUAUAAUUUCUACGCGAUUAAAAUUCGAUCAUAAUUCACGCUAAUAUUCAUGAACCAAUGUUAUCACUGCCGCGAGUCCUCAUCCUCCCAACGGCUCUUCCGGCUGAUCUUCGUCUCCCUCGAGCAUUCACUACCGCCGAGUUCAAAGAAAAAUUUCUACUCAUCUCGACCUUGGAUCUCGUUCGAUACCGUUCUCCCGUUCGUGGUCAGAGGGAUUCCCGAAAGUCUCAAACGUUCCGAAGAGCAUGUACCGAAAAUGUCUGCGCCAUGCGGUGUUCUGCCUCUCGCCUCGGAAUCGAGGACACAUCGAAGACGUCGUGUAGCCGGUGUUAUACAAACCGUACAGUCGUUUUCAUUGCGGCAAGUCGGUGGAGGUGGACAAACGUCGAGGUAUAUCCAUAGGUGGGAUUCGUUGGGCGACUCGAGUCGGAGAGGUAGAAGAGGAGACAGUUAGGGUGGGAUGCGCAGCCUCGAAGAGGAUCGUUCUUGUCUUGACCGAUUCCGAACGAUCUAUCCCCACGAUCGACCCCACCAUACGAUUUUGGCCUCCUUUGCACGUUUACGUCUUGGAAAUCGUACCACCUCCGGGAACACCACCGGGGAAAUAUCGUUGUAACGACACCAAAGCAGGACCAAAGUUAUAAAGCACACCGGUGAAGCUGGUACAAGGCGCUGCCACUUUGCUGAUCGACCUCGUCGUGUCACGAUCCUCCUCCUCUCGCGAACGAAUCGACGACCUUUUUUUCUGGCGGCACCUCCGCUGGUGUCACCUGUCACGACACACUACGGAUCGCGUUCCUUUAUCGUUUCGUUGAUAAUACGUAGCCAAAGUAGAUUUACAGGAACAGUGAAGAAAUACUCUUUGUAGUUGCUCGAAUAAUAGUAGUUGCCUGUAUUGGUGUCGCACGAGGACCUUGAGGAAGUUGCGCGGGCGAGAAGGGUCGUGAGUGUUCCGCCUCUUAAGUUCCUGUCGAUCUGGUCAUUCAAGGCAAUGGCGGGCAUAAUUAAUUCCACAGCAACUCUAAUAAAUGACAUUUAUGAUUACUACCUCUGGACGCUAUCUCUUGCUGAUGAAAGAACGAGAGGAUGGCUCUUGGUCGAUUCACCAAAACCUACAUUGAUAUACACGAUGUUGUAUUUACUUAUUGUAUGGGCUGGGCCGAAAGUUAUGAAAAAUCGAAAAGCCUUCAAGCUUACAUGGGCACUUGUACCAUAUAACCUUGCGAUGGCUCUUCUUAAUGCGUACAUUGCGAUUCAGCUGUUUGUAGCGUCCACCAGGCUACGUUAUAGUUACGUAUGUCAACCUAUAAGGCAUGUGACUCGUCCAGAUGAAUUACAAAUCGCUCAUGCCGUUUGGUGGUACUACUUCAGCAAACUACUAGAGUUCUGUGAUACAUUUUUCUUCAUCUUGCGAAAGAAGGAUAAUCAAUUAAGCUUCCUUCAUGUGUACCAUCACUCCACCAUGUUUUCGUUGUGGUGGAUCGGCAUUAAGUGGGUUCCUAGCGGGUCCACUUUCCUACCAGCGAUGGUGAACAGCUUCAUUCACGUUCUCAUGUACUCGUACUACGGUCUAGCAGCAUUAGGUCCCUCCGUAACUAAAUAUCUUUGGUGGAAGAAAUACUUGACAAUUCUCCAGCUAAUACAGUUCACCACUGCCUUGAUUCUUGGUAUCAACGGCAUUCGAUCAGGAUGCGACUUCCCGCUUUGGAUGCAGUACGCUCUUGUCAUUUAUAUGAUCUCCUUCAUUGUCUUAUUCGGAAACUUCUAUGCCAAAGCGUAUAUUGCUAAGGGUAAAAAGGCGUACGCGGAAAGGCAAUUAGAGAAAAUGAAAGCAGCCGCACAAUUGAAGAAAGAACUUACCGAUGGAGCUGUGUGCAACGGUAAUGUUACGAAUGGACACGUUAACGGAUAUGCGAACGGUGUAUCCAAAAAGACUCAAUAAAAUAAUACAUUCCUAAAUUCACUAUUAAAAUAUUGUCGUCGAAUUGCAAGCUGUAUAAUUAUAAGGGGAAAACAAAGUCUUAUUUUAUUGGUAAGAUGACCCGGAACCGGAAUUCAUUUGGCCAAAGUUUCUAGUUCUUGCAAAUCGCUUUGUUCACGAUAGGCGACGUUCUGGACGUUGUAACUAUUCAAGUCAUAUUUAAUCGUAAACCGAUAUUUCCUUGACGAAUUGUGCGCUCGCGUACAAUUUAGAUUUCUCAGUUCAAAUGAAGUACAAUGGAAAAAGUGUUUCACUAGUCGCCAUUAGGAGAUCCUGAAUUAAAACCUCAUUGAUCCUCUAGGUUCACUGUAAAUUAUAUUCUUGCAGUCUUCGUGUGUUGUUUGUAGAUGCUAAAUUCUCUCAAAACCGAGAAUGGAAGGCUGCUUUUCCCUGACCCGUAAUUAAAAGAAGCCUAUUGCAUCCAAGUUCACCUGAAAAAGUAAAAGAGAUGUCAAAAAAAAUUUUUAAAACAAAGAAUCUGACAAAUAAGACGAAUAACGAAAUACUUUUUCUCUUGCAUUUCUUCUUAAGCAGCAGAAGUCUAAAUUGCGCGCAAGAAUACACGCAACUUCAAACUUACCGGCCUGCAAUUUUUUGAACUCUUGGACCAGCAGCACAAAGUCCAACGGAUCGCUGGUCCAGGGUAUUGUAAAUACAAAAUAGUCGAGUAUGUUAGCAGUUUAGUCGUUAGUAGGCGAAUUGUACGAGAUCCAACGGGGUCGAGUACGAUAAUAUUGCAUAAGCGUGAAGUAAGCGAUCUUUUUGUGACCGACGAGUAAACUCUGCCUUGUAAAAAAAAUAAUAAAAUUGAUCGUCGACUCGGGAACUGCCUUUAGUUUCUGUUUUUAUUCUUGUGCUAGAAAUAAGAUUAGGAUUGAAAUGAUGCCGGUCACGAUAAGGUUGUACCUAUACAUUUGCACACUCGGGACAUAGUUAAUAUAUACCAUGUCGUGAUAUUAGAUAUGUUACAAUCUUUUUAAACGAAUGAACAUACCUGUCUAACACGAUCGAAAAUAUUGUAAAGAAAUUGAUUUGCAUUUUUGCAAUUGUCUAAUGUUUACAUUACUUGUAAAUAAUCUUCUAUUUAAUAAAUUGAUAACAGAUGUUUAGAACAAUAAAAUAUAUACAUUGUAUAUUUUAAUUGAAGAUUUAUUGUUUAUUUACGGCACGAACAUGCUUAUAAAUCAACGGUAAAUAUCGUUUUGUUUCAAUUUGAUAUGAAAUAAAUCAAACUGAAAGUCGCCAACAAAUAUUUUUCUCAUUAAAAUAUUUAAAUCCGGUUUCGCGUCAAAUUAUGAUGUGUAAUGUCGUGAUCGUUUACAAAGAAAUGAAUUGCAAUCAUUCAUAAAUGUUUGUUUGUUUGAAACUUUUAAAAUUAUUAGGCAAAAGAUUAUUGUUAAUGCAUUUUAUUAAUGCCGCAAUAUGUAAAAAACAAUUGUUAUAAAAAGAGCAUUGCUGCGCAAUGUAAAAAUGAAAAAAAAAAUGCAUUAUGUUUAUUCCUAAUGACAUCUGUUCAUCAAACCUUUCCAGUGGAAUAACGAAAAUACAAAAUAGCAUGUAACAAAACUAAAAAUUUGAUAAAAG